CUGCCAAAGAGGCAAGGCUGCUCUGCUCUCUGUGUGUUGGAUGACUGGGGCUUUCCCUCUUCUUAUUUCUGUCGCAUUUUUAGACAGACUGGGUUGAAUAAUUUAUUGUUGCUGGUGAGAAGGAAGGAGCGGUAUGGCUGGAAAGAGGUGACUACUGCCUCUGGAAAGAGGAGGUGACUACUGCCUUUGGUGGAUGCUUGUAUUUUUUUUUCUCUUUGUCAUGGUCAGCGGUGUUGUCACUGGUCAUGCUAACAUCUUGGUAGGGGGUUGUGAAGAGAGGAGCCACCUCCAACUGCUACUCUCCCCAGCUGGAGGAGCUACUGACUGUGCUACAGAGCUUGAUCUGUGAUGUAAACCAUCUCACCCUUCACUCCCCUGUUUCAAGCUACUGUGCAGGACAGAAAAGGCCGUUUUCAUGAAUCAAUAUUCGCUAGCUGAAGCCAUGACAGACAAAGGAAACUUCACGGUUCCGAAGCUGCUCCCGGAAUCCAACAUGGUGUUCGGAGUUCUAGGUGUGUUCCUGGGUCUACUCCUUGAGGUUUCUACACACGGACCCCACAGCAUUCCCCGGACCUCUUGGAAACACGAAGAGCUCAAGUUGGUGGAGUUUUCUGAGCCCGGCAUCUUCAACUAUUCCACUCUGUUGUUGAGUGAGGAUAAGGAUGUGCUGUACGUGGGAGCGAGGGAGGCCAUCUUUGAACUCCGCAUGACCAAUGUGUCAAUCAAGAACAACAAGGUUCAAUGGAAGGUCCCUGAAAACCACAUGUCGAUGUGCAUCGUAAAAGGAAAAUCUAAAGAGACAGACUGUCUAAACUACAUCCGGGUGUUACAAGUGUUGGACGACAAGCGACUGUAUGUCUGUGGGACACAUGCCUUUCAGCCUGUCUGUCACUACCUGUCCCUAAAGGAUUUCAGUCUGGAGGGUCCAGCGGAGGACGGGAGAGGGAAGUGUUCCUUUGACCCAUCUCAGAGCUUCACAACGGUCAUGGUUGAUGGAGAACUUUACUCUGGAACAUCGUAUAACUUCUUAGGAAGUGAGCCGAUCAUCUCCAGAUAUUCUCUUUCACAGAGUCUGUUGCGGACAGAGUAUUCAACGUCUUGGCUGAACGAACCCAGUUUUGUUUUUGCUGAUGUCAUCAGAGAGGGGAAGAACAGUGCAGAUGGCGAGGACGAUAAGAUCUACUACUUCUUCACUGAGGUGUCUGUGGAGUACGAGUUCUUUGGCAAGCUGCUCAUCCCCAGGAUAGCACGCGUCUGUAAGGGGGAUCUGGGGGGCCAGCGGACGUUACAGAAGAAAUGGACCAGUUUCCUGAAGGCCAAGCUGGUGUGUUCCAUGCCAGAGCUCAACUUUGUGUUCAACGUGGUUAAUGACGUGUUCAUACUGAAGACUGCUGACUGGAGAGAGACUGUCAUCUACGGAGUGUUCACAUCCCAGUGGGGAAACGUAGGGCUGUCUGCAGUGUGUGCCUACGACAUGUUGUCAGUAGAAAAUGUAUUCUCCAAUGGGAAGUACAUGCAGAAAGCCACAGUGGAACAGUCUCACACCAAGUGGGUGAGGUACAACGGGAUCACCCCCACCCCUCGCCCAGGAGCUUGCAUCAACAACCACCACCGUCUCCAGAACAUCAGCAGCUCUCUCCACCUGCCUGACAAGACCCUGCAGUUUGUUAAGGACCAUCCCUUACUGGAAGACCCCGUCCUUCCUAUCGGCAACGGGCCCAAACUCAUCACCAAGGACGUCAGCUACACCCAGAUCGCUGUGGAGAGGGUGCAGGCGCUGGACAAGAACGUAUAUGACGUCAUAUUCACUGGGACCGAUAAAGGAAUCCUGCACAAAUCGGUGGUGUAUGAUGGGCUGGUCCAUACAGUGGAAGAGAUUCAGCUUCUCCACAAAUCUGAGCCAAUCAAAACCUUGCUUCUGUCAUCACAAGGGGCGAGGUCCCUGUACGCUGGCUCGGACUCGGGCGUGGUGCAGUCUCCUACUGCGUUCUGUGACAAGUACCCAUCCUGUUCAGACUGUAUCUUGACCCGGGACCCUUACUGUGCCUGGGACCCAGACUCUUCCACCUGUGUCAACAUCUUCCACACCCAGGGCCUCACACACCGAAACUUGAUCCAGAGCCUUAAUGGGGAUGCAGACAAGUGUCCCUCAGUGCCAGGGCUCUCCGUGGAGAACUACCAGCGUGUGACAGUUAAACCAGGGAGUUCAGCUGAGCUGCCAUGCCUGGUUCAGUCCAACCUGGCCGUGGUGGUCUGGAAGCAGAACAGCAGCACCAUGACCGAGGCCUCCAAGUUCCACCUGAUGGGUGAGACAGGUCUGCUCAUUUACAGCGUGGCCCCAGAGGACCACGGCCUAUACGAGUGCUGGUCACUGGAGUGGGCCCCUGUUGCAGGGAAGAACUUCAGCCGCCUCCUGGCUGGGUAUGUCCUAGACGUGGAUGUCCCCAGGAGGCCUUCACCGCGAGGCCACCCCCCUCAGACCGCCAGCACCCUCGGCUCCGCUCACCCCCACCACCAGUCCACCGCUGCCACUGAAGGUAAUAACGGUAACACCGUGAGACCCCUCCCACUAACUUCAGCCCCUCCCAGCUCCACCGCCCUCACCUCACCACCACCCACUCACAGCGCCUCGUCAUCACUAACCAUGCGCCCCAGCAGCAGCAGCACCGCCAGGCUCCUUCCCCUCAGCUCCAGCGCUGUCCCGCUCCCAGAGACCCGGGACCCUGCGACAGAGUACCUCCAACACGACAACAGCAGUACUUUCUUCUUCCUCUUCCUCCUGUUCUUCCUCCUCUUCCUGGCUGCCCUGGUCUACAACUGUUACAUGCAGUACCUACCAGGGCCGUGUCUUCGUCUUCGUGCGGCUCUGCUGGGAAGCCAGAAGAAGCCCCAGUCCGAGUAUUUAGCCUGCGAGGCUGGCCUCAUGGAGCCUGUCACAGUAGACAAGCUGGACGUAAAGGAUCAGAUCCGCCUCACUCAGAAUGGGGUACAGCUCCGAGCCCUGAGAGACACCGGCUAUGAGACCGAGCCAGAGUGUAGCAACGGCAAGAUCCCCUCUCGCAGCUACGGGGGAGAGGACAGUCCUUCUAAAGAGAAGCCCUUUGACGUGGACUGUGACUCACAGCCUAUUGAAUAUGCAGACGCAGAUCAAGAAGCAUCACCGUACUAAAACAUGCACAUCUCGGCUUCUCUUUUUACCAGUGCAAGAAUAUUAAGGCUUGUUAUUUAUAGGGUUCUUCUCCCUUGCUGGCUCUCUCCACAUAGUGGGCCUAUACAUACAAACCUGUGUGUUAUACAUAAGCUCAGUGGCCACCUCUCUUUCAGAAGGACAGACUGAGGCAGAUUACUUCAGUUAUUAGGAGGUCAAGUCACACAUCCCGCUUGCCUUCAGAGAUUCUCUUACUCACUCUGGCUACCCCAAGAUCAAUAAAAUGUAGGACCUACUAACUAAAUAUUAAAAUCAUAGCCUAAUCUCUGUGCAAACCUGUAACCAUCUCGCUCUGCAUUUUUCCAGUAAGAAACGCUGAUUUUUAUUCCAAAUUGGAAACAUUGUUUACCAAAUUGGUAAGUUAACUUGUUUUCCAAAUUGGAGCCUUUUUCGUUAUUUUUUUUGUACAAUGCGGUGAGCUUCUUCUUUUAACGGUGUUAAAACAUAACAUGGGAACUUCUUCUUCUAAGGCUGUUAAAACAUAACUUGUUUGUUGUAUUUUUCUGAAUAUUCAGUGAAUAAGGCUAUUUGACAUAGUAGGUCAGCUGCUUUCCAUCUCAACUCAUAGGACGAGCUCCUAUAGAACCUCUAGGACGAUCUCCUCUAGAACCUAUAGUACCAUCUAAUCUAGAAUCUCUAGGAAGAUCUCCUCUAGAACCUCUAGGACGAUCUGUAAAUUCUCAGGGACGGUUUGUUAGUUCGCUCUAUGCCUUGUUCUCUGGUGGUUAGAAAAAGCUAUGUCGAUAAACAGACAACCACUGGUGGCCAGUGACUGACUGAUGGAAAAGGUGUGGUGAGAUCUAUAGAUAUUUAUACAAUGGGUGGGUCUAAUCCUGGACGCUAACUGAUUAAAACCGCAUUCCAACCGGUGUCUAUUCCACAAGUUACCACCGGCUAAAGCUGUAACGUUGAAAGGCCUAUUUACUCUGUUCCAUCUGACUGCUCAAUCCACUGUUUCAUCAGCCCAGACACUAUAAAAAGCAUCUUGACAUUAUCUACCAUUUCUUUAAGACUAGCAAUUGGUUUUCAGUAGUUUGUCUCUCUCUGACAUUUGCAACACUGUUUCAGUAUUGAAAUUCGAUCUUCAGCUGUCCCAUAGUAAUGAAUGUGUCGGGAUGAGACAGGCAGGCAGCUUUUCUCAGCCAGUCAAAAUCAUUAAUCAGCGUAAUUUUUAUAGAUGUAUACAAAGAAAUGUAAAUAGAAAACAGGUAGAACUAAAUGAAGUGCAGCUAGUUUGCAGUCUUUCCAGCUUCAGUUUGAAGUGAUUGUGUUAGCUGUGUUGUUGACUAGCUCCGCUGAACAACAGUGUCCUGAUGAGAGAGCACAUUUUCUAUCCCAGAUGAAAUCGUACCUCAUUAGCUCAUUGUUAUGGAUGUAUCCGGAUGUAUCCAAAUAAAUGUCACUAGAAAACGGCUUAAGCAAAUGCAGCUACUUUGUUGUUAUUCUGGCUGCACUCUUUGACGUGACUAAGUUAGCUAGCUAGCAAGGCAUAAAAACGUUGCCAGCCAGUAUGCCAAUAGAACAUUUAGAACGAACGACUGGGCCGCGUCUCUGGCAACCGAACCAAUAGAACAAACGACCAGCCGGCUUGGAUAGCAACCCUAGAUUUGUGUCGGGACUAUAUUUUGUGGAAGGAUGAAAUGGUAUGAAGAAAUUCAUAAAAAUUAUGUUUUUAAUUAAAAUAUGUAAAUCAUUAUUUGAAUGUGUUGGUAACCCGUUGUAUAAAAGUGAUAAUGCCCUCAAGCCGGUGUUUGGAGGCUAUAUUGGCACGGUUUUCGAUUUCGUCUCGGGCCUAACAACACCCGUGCCAAUAUAUCCUCCAAACACCUGCUUGAGGUCAUUAUUAUUUAAAUCAAGUCUCAUUCCUUACAUGUUUGACAAGGACAAUUUUAAAGACCGAGGAGGGCCCUGGGUCAGAUUACGCCUAUGGGGCAUCUUCAGCUGUUUUAUGAAAGGAGGACGUGGUUUUGGUAAUCAUCCCCUGUUUUAUGAAAAGAGGACUUGGUUUUGGUAAUCAUCCCCUGUUUUAUGAAAAGAGGACUUGGUUUUGGUAAUCAUCAGAUGUUUUAUGAAAAGAGGACUUGGUUUUGGUAAUCAUCCCCUGUUUUAUGAAAAGAGGACUUGGUUUUGGUAAUCAUCAGAUGUUUUAUGAAAAGAGGACUUGGUUUUGGUAAUCAUCAGCUGUUUUAUGAAAGGAGGACGGGGUUUUGGUAAUCAUCAGAUGUUUUAUGAAAGGAGGACUUGGUUUUGGUAAUCAUCCCGUUUUAUGAAAAGAGGACUUGGUUUUGGUAAUCAUCAGAUGUUUUAUGAAAGGAGGACGUGGUUUUGGUAAUCUUGUUUUUAUAUGGCGACAGAAGAAAGCAAAGUGCUGAAGUGAGUGAACGUGACUCACUAGAUGACGACGACGGGAAAUGCUGGACACUCAAACCACUGCUGUCUGAAGAGCACAGACCUCUCCAGAGCUACACGGCUCUAUUCUAACUCUGUCUCUCUUCAUCUCCUGUGAAUCUACAAUUCCAAUGGUACGAAGACACGUGAACUCUGGGGUCAUAUUUACUAGACAUGACCUUCCUCCAUAUUAAUCUGUGUUGGUUAGUUUUCCCCACUGGUCAUGUCAGUAUGUACAGUUUGAGUCCAGAUUAAGCUUCUCUAAUGUUAGAUGCUUUGUAAAAUGAAAAGGUGAAAUAUUAUAAAGCAUUUCUGUUUUCUUUGUCCUUAGAACAUUGGCACUGGAAGUAAUCAGAUGGGUUUUUUUAUUGAAUGAAGCUUUAAGUUUUACUCUUUAAAGAUGAUUAUUUAGUAAUAACUGUUAGAUCUGUAUUAGUAUGUUCUCAUUUUAUUUUAGCGUAGUAAUGUUUUUAUUUUAUUUUUUAUUCUAUGGAUGUAUUGGUUCACAAAGCCUCUUUAAUAGUUAGACCUAUAGCCUCCCCUCCUGUGUCUGUCUUUCACACAUUUCUCUUACUGUGUGGCUGUUGUCCUUAGAGAACUCUCCUUUCUCUCCUUCGGCUCUCCCCACCUCCUCCCUCUCUCCCUCACAGCCGCCUCCUCUGCUGUUCCUCCUCUCUCUCCUGUUGACACUUCCUCAUCCCUGUCCACCUCGGGAAGUAGUCCCUCUCUCCCUCCGUCCUCCAC